GGGUACCGGGGGGGAUGAGCCGUCGCUCGACUUGGCUUCUCUCCAUACCCUCGUGCAGCGCAUCAAAGUCUAUAUGCUGCGUAAGCUAGUCGUCCGCAAAGCAGACGUCAACCAUCGCUGUCGUCGUCCGAGACGGACUGGAUGGUUGUCCCCGGCAGCGGCAGCGGCAGCGGCAGCAGCAGAACCAGCUUCCCGCGCACUUUCGGUGACGUCGUGGGGGCGACGCUCAUCCUGCGCAGCCGUCUCGGGCUCGCAGCUACUGCAGUAGCACCCGGUGCAGGCGACGACACAUUAGCCAAGCUAGCGCAGCGCAUUCUCGACGCCGCUAGAUACUACUGCGUGCAGGCGAGAGCGGCCGUCGACAUUCGCUCGUGGCGGCCGCGGCAGCAGCAACAGGACGACCGGGACACGCCGCGCGUGUCGCUCACGCUUGCGCUAGACAGCCGCGCCGUAGUGCGCAGGAUCGACGUAUUUAUCGCGUCCGAGAGGCUGCGGCCGCGCAACUACCAUGCCAGCAGCAAUGGAAGAGUUGGUAGUGAUGACGCAGUGGACAAGCGCAGUGAGGAUGCCGACUACCACUACCGCCGGUCAAAGUCGAACGUGGUGCUGAGCAAAACCUCGGCGGCGUGGAGGCCGUCAUCUGUCCGUUCUGGGCUCGGACCGCGGCGCGUGGAUUCGGGUGUUUCUGUCGGUGAUGGGCCUGAGACAACUACCGCACCGAGUGUCGCCAGCUAUAACACUUGGGGUACAGCGCGUGGGGAUAGCAGCAGAGCUGCGUCGUUGAGAAGUGUUGAGCUGGACAGGCAAGCUGAGACGGCGCUGGACGAUAUCGUCAACGGCGACGGCGACGGCGAGGAAAGCCCAUGGUACCACGACAGCCAGGCGUUUCUGCGCGUCGAGGUGGCGUCUGCUUCUUCUCCUUCUGCCCCCGGCGAAGAUGGCAAGGGCAGUCCAACCCCAACACCACCGCCAGUGCCGCGGAUCAGCAACCUCGGGGUGCUGGUCGACCGGCAGCGCAACGUCGACAUUUGGUGGCGCACGUGGCCUGCGCCCAGCCGACUUCCGCCGGAAGAAAACACCACAGACACGAGACCCAGGCCUGCGCACGCGAGUGGCCUUGACGAUGAGCAGACGCGCGAGUGGCUGGCCAGCCUCAAGCACGGCGAUACCGUCACGCUGGCGGCCGCCGAGGGAUUCUUCGUGCAUGACAUUGCGCGGUUUGCCAAGUUUGGGCUGGUGGUUUAUUGCGGUCUGAGUCCUUGAGGCGAGUUGGUGGGGUGGCUUUUUUGUUUCUGUCGCUGUGUGCGAGCCCCUGAAGAGCCUCUCCAUAACCGGCGAACCACAUGUUACAAGCCUCGCAUCCCGAAAUUUCCGACAAUAACACAAUGCAAUGCAACGCUUGGCGAGGCGGCUGCAGCAUGAACCACUUCGUACUCGGCAACACAACUAGACUAAAGCAAUCCUGCAAGCUGACGCGCGGCCAGGCCACCAAUCAGGCGCAGUCGUCCCAGCGAUCCUCCUCGCCCCGAGUUCCGUAUUUCGUAUUACA